ACCCUCUCCCUGAGGUUUUACUACAUUUCCCAGGAUGCUUUGCCAACGACGACGCUAUUGGCCGGCGCCGACGGAAGAGCACCUGACUGAGCGGAAGUAGAGAUCUCAGAGGCGAGAAAGUUUCAGCUUCACCUCCCUCACUGAUUCAGCAUGGGGGAAAAGUCGGAGGACUGUAGGGUUCCAGAGGAUCUGUUGACUGGUUUGAAAGUUACAGAUCCCCAGGAAGCAGAGUGUGUUAACCCUCCAGUAUCCAGUGGCAAAGAGCAUCAUUCCCAGAGCGAACUGCUCAAGGAUGUCGACGCCCAGCCCCAGGAAGACCAAGGGGAGGAGGAGUGCUUUCAUGACGCCAGUGCCUCAUUUGAGACGGAGGAGCCGGGAGCGGAGAAGAUUGAGAACAAACCUGAGGAUGAUAUGAAUUCCUCUGAACUAGAUGAAGAAUAUCUAAUGGAACUGGAGAAGAACAUGCCAGAUGAAGAGAAAAAGAGAAGGAGAGAAGAGAGCUCUAGACUAAAGGAGGAGGGAAAUGAGCAGUUUAAGAAGGGAGAUUACAUAGAAGCCGAAAGUUCUUAUACUCGCGCCCUGCAGACGUGUCCCUCCUGCUUCCAGAAAGACCGGUCUGUUCUGUUUUCCAACAGAGCUGCAGCAAGGAUGAAACAGGACAAGAAAGAGAUGGCCAUCAGUGACUGCAGCAAAGCAAUUCAGUUAAACCCCAGCUAUAUCAGGGCAAUACUGAGGAGAGCAGAGUUGUAUGAGAAAACUGACAAGCUGGAUGAAGCCCUGGAAGACUAUAAAUCCAUAUUAGAAAAAGACCCAUCAGUACAUCAAGCAAGAGAAGCUUGCAUGAGAUUACCUAAGCAAAUUGAAGAACGGAAUGAAAGACUGAAGGAAGAGAUGUUAGGUAAACUAAAAGAUCUUGGGAACUUGGUUCUCCGGCCUUUUGGACUCUCCACAGAGAAUUUCCAGAUCAAACAGGAUUCCUCUACUGGCUCCUACUCCAUCAAUUUUGUUCAAAAUCCAAAUAACAACAGAUAACAAAGAUAACAAUAGCUUUUAAAGCUGGCUUGGAAAUUGUAUGCAGCUUGGAUUAGCAAGGGGAAAGGCCCUGCCAGUGUUUAACUUCUAAAAGCAUCUGAUCUCAGAGACAGGCUGUCUCGUAGAGCCCCGCGCUCCCUUCUCCCCCUUGUUUUACAAUCAGGGUGAAACGCACUUCCUGAUACAGUGAGCCUAAUUUGAUUUCCAUUUUAUGGUGGUGUCUGUGCUGCUGUUGCCCUGGCUCCGGCUGUCCUUUGUUUUGUCCAGGAGAAAGCCUGCUUAUCGAGACUUGCCUCCCUGAGCUCCAUAAACACAAACCCAGCUGGAGUCUCCUGGGCUGAGCAAACCUGCCGGGUAGAGACCCCCCGGCCAUGCGUGAUGGGGUCCCCGCCUGCUGUCCCCUCAUCCCAAUCGCACACACUGCCCUGCGUGGGCUCCAGCAUCUCCUGGUUUCCUCUGGUAAUAAAUGCUUUCUGUG